AUGCCUACAUUGUACAUGUAUCACCAAAGCAAACUACAACUGAAGAUGAUUUGGAUAGUACUACUUAGCACAUUGAUUUGUGUAAACGCAUACGUUAAUUUAGCGCUUAAAAAACCAACAUUUGAGCAAAAUCCCCUUUCCGAUACCCUCGCUAAAUCAAGCAAUGCUGUGGAUGGACUAAAGUCUAAUCUAGUCUACCAUGGUGGAGAAUGCUCAACAUCAAUGCCCGGAAGAAGUGCCACCUGGUGGGUGAAUCUAACCACUGUUUACAGCAUCAAUAAUAUCCGGGUAUAUAUGCUACAGGUAGUAUCAAAUUCCACUAAAGGACGCUACUUGGGAUUUUCUAUAUACGUCUCAAACACACCCAACAAGUCAGAUGGUGUAUUAUGCUACAAGGACAGCAAUUUUACUGUUGUCACCUUUCCAGAAGUCCUUGAUACCCCGUGCGAUUCGUCUGGACAAUACGCCAUUUAUCACAACGAGAGACUAUCCAACGUUACCUACCCUGAUGACUAUUAUUAUACAGUAACCAACGGACUUUGCGAGGUUGAGGUGUAUGGGUGUCCUGUACCUGGUUAUAACGGUGCUGAUUGCAACAUUUCUUGUUAUGACGCCGAUUGCCGUAAAAGUCAUGUCGAGACGGGCACCUGUCAGGGAUGUUUCGGUUUUGAAGAUAAAACGAACUGCAAAUAUGAACAAAUGGAUGGAAUAUUUUGGAGUACUACCAUUUCGGGAAAAACGUUAGAAGAACCGUGCUCUGGAAAUCAAAAAGGAGUGGCAACAAGAUUAUGUGAUGAAAAUGGAGAAUGGGAACUUCCUAACUUUAUCAACUGCACCAACAAAGCUCUGGCGAAUGCAUCAUUACUUUUGGAUGCUAUCAUCGCAAAUGAAACACGGGAUAAAUUCAGAAUCCAAGAGACAGUUAACAAUACUCUACAACUGAUGAAAAACCUGACAACAUCGACCAGUGGAAUCAGUGCUGGGUAUCUGAGCUCCUCUCUGGACGUUUUGGAGAAGAUUGUCACAGUAACAAACGCUACGGGAUCAGUUAUCGAAAAAGAGGUGUUUUACGCUGUUAUUGAUAAUAUUUUGUCACCCAACAAUAUGAACUCUUGGACAGCUGUUACCGAAAAGACAGAAAAAGACCCAAGUUUUCUUUUAAACAACAUGGACCGUUUCAGCGAGAUAACACUCCAAAACGACAACAUAACAGCAACUGAAUUUGUCGGAUCCAAUCUUGAGCUGGUUAUCAACCGUACAAAAAUCGAUAAAACAGGAAUACGUUUUCCGGACGAAGAAUUGAGCAACGUUUCUCAAAACUCAGAAGACAUCCUUACCUUUCUACAGUUACCAAAACAAGCCUUUACUGCUACAAAAGAAAUCGGCUAUAUUGCCAUUCUGUAUAAAACAAUGUCAGCCAUAUUGGGAUCUGAUCCUAAAAGAAGAGAGUUGAAAGGUGAACAAGUGGACAAAUCUCAGCAAAGAUCCUUUGUCAAUUCCCCUAUAUUGUCCCUCACGACACAGAGAGACCUAGGAGUGUUGGAUCCACCUCUCAAUCUUAUGUUUAGACACACUGUGAAAAAUGAGUCUACCGAAGCACACGCUGUAUGUGUCUCCUGGGAUUUUAAUCUAAAUAAAUGGUCAGAGGAAAGAUGCACUGUGAACCAAACAGAUCGUCGAAGAACAGUUUGCGAUUGCAACCAUCUCACAAACUUUGCUAUUUUAAUGAGACCAUACAUUCCGGUAACAGAAGAUAGCUCAUUCUUAGAAACGAUGUCUCUUGUUGGAGUAGCUCUCUCCAUAGCUUUUACGUUUCUCACUUCGUUAAUUUACAUCCUGACAUGGAAAUUUAUCAAAAGUGACAAAAACUUCAUGAUGUUGAAUAUUUGUGGAUCUUUAGUACUGUCAUAUGCAAUGUUUUUAUCAUCGGUGGAACAGACAGCGAAUGAGGUUGCUUGCGUCGCGAUAACGGCCAUUAUCCACUACCUUUUCUUAGUGACCUUCUUCAGUAUGCUUGGAUUAGGUGUAUAUUACUUCAUGAGUAUUACAGUGACUUACUAUGCCCUACAUAUUGCUAACAACUUCAAGUCGAAAUCAAGGCUUCAUUUGUUUUUGGGCGGAAUCUGGGGUAUUCCGGUCAUUAUUACUGCAACAAAUCUUGGAGCGUUUUUGGGUAAAGGAUACCACCUAAAGUCGUACUGCUGGUUGUCCAUAGAAAGUGGCUCUCUCUAUUUGUUUAUAAUUCCUGUCUGUCUGAUUAGUUUGAUCAACAUUUUUAUAAUUGUUUCACUUUUGAGGGUGUUGUUUGCUUCAAGCAUAGUGGCAAGGUCUUCACUGCAGAGGAAAGCGUCAUCCGGUCUGCGGUCACUCGGAACACUUCUGCCAGUUCUAGGAGUGACUUGGCUGUUCGGAAUCCUGGCAAUUAACGAUAACGCAGUUGUGUUUCAGUAUUUGUUUGUCAUUGUAAAUUCACUGCAGGGGGUUUUAAUUUUUGUUUCACACGUUCUGUUCGACAAAAAGGUGAGACAGGGCAUAAGGAAUAAAUACCCGAGUUUCAGUACAAUAUUCAGUUUCGCUGAGCGAGGGACAAAGGAAACUUCUCUAGGUUCGCAAAGUCCUUCGACAUCUAAAUCAAAUGCACCAUCAAUGAAACCUAAGAAAAAGAGUAUGAUGAAAAGAUUUUGGCAUACCAAAGCGAAGGAAUCUGAAUCAUUAGUGUUAGAAAAAACAAUGUCUACAGAUUGUCCACAAAGUGUAUCUUGUGAAAAAAGAAACGAAACAAAUUCUGAUUAAACUUCUAAUUUUUGGAAUAAAAAGAGAACUGUUGCAGACCUGUGGGAAUAAACUGUUUUAACAUUCAGUUACAUAUAAUUGUAAAUGUUAAAUCAAAUUUUACUUUUAUUUUUUACUUGGAUGUUUAAUAUCAAUUUGUGUAGUAUCUAAUAAAGAUGAUUUAAAAGUAUUUUUACGAUCGAAUGUCAAAGUUUAUUGCUUAACUUCAUUUAUAGCUCAUUUUAACUGAAAGCUUGAAUGCUUUUCUGACGAAUUUUUGUCCGGCGUCAGUCUGUCCGUCCGUCCGACUGUCUGUCCAUUUGUCGGUCCAUCCGGCCGUAGAUUUUGUUACGUUUUCGACCAGAACCACUAGGCCAAUUUUAAACCAAACUAGGCACAAAAUAUUAUUAGGUAAAGGGGAUUCAAGUUUGUUGAAAUCAAGGUCUACGCUCUCUUUCAAGGGGAGAUAAUAAAGAAUAAUUAAAAUCUGUAGGCAUUUUUCAAAAAUCUACUUCUAAAAAAGUGUUUGCCCAAAAAAUAUGAAACUCUUUCAGAAGCAUCCUUAGGGAGUGUAGGUUUAAAUUUGUUCCAAUGAUGAUACUUGUAACCUGUAGGGAAGCAUCCUGAGGUAGUGUAGAUUCACGUUUGUUUAAAUAUUAAUCCCCGGUCGUAAGGUGGAACCAAAAUUGAGUUUUGCUUUUUACAAAAAAAAAUGUAAAAAAAAAAAAUGCUUCUUAUCAAAUUACUGGCCAAAAAAGAAAUAAUUUGUAAGGGUGUUCCCUUAGGUAUUGUAGAUUCGCUUGUACAAUAAUGUGGGCAGGGUGAGACUUUCAGGGUCAGGUUUGUUUUAAUCCCCAGGGGUAGGUUUGGGACACAAUGUGUAGGGGGGUUGCAUCGAAUUUUUAGAAAAAAUAUUUUAAAAAACUAAUCUUUUAAAAUUUCUUAUAAAAACUAAUCGCAUAGAAGAGUUGUUAUUUGUGAAAGUAUCCACAUUGUGUAUAUUUAAGUUUAUCGCAAUAUUCGUGGGUAGGAUGGGACCACGUUAGAGGGGUUCAAGUUUUACACAGGAAAAAAAUUCAUAAUAUGCUCCAACAUUCAAAUGCUGUAAUACAUACGUAUUACCUUCAUCUUGACAUAUUGCUGUUUCUUGAUUGCUUAGACUG